CGAGGGAAGCCGGCUGCAUGGGGCGGCGGCGGCGCCGGGGGGGCCGGGGGCACGCGGUCGGGGCCCUGCCCGAGGCCAUCGCCGCGCUGAGUCAGACGCUGCCCGCCGGGCCCAGCCCCGAGAUCUUCCGCCGCGCCAAGUUCGACCGUCCGGAGGCGGCCCCGGCGCUCUGGCGGCUGCUCUUCCGCGUGCUCUCGCCGCCGGCGGCUGCCGGCACCCGGGCCUCCCCUGCCCUCGGGGCCCAGGUCCGCCUGGUGAAGUCGGCGCUGUGCUCCCAGGGCUACCCCAGGCGGGUGCUGGCCCGGCUCCCCGAGGACGGCUCCCAGGGCAGCCGUGAGCUUCUGCUGGCGCUGGCCUGGCUGCUGGCCCGCGGGCCCCUGCUGGAACACCUGCUGGCCCAGACUCGCGUGUGGCUGGGUGAUGAGAUACCCCUGUGGCAGUAUGAAGCCCUGGCCAGUCCUGGCCCACCUGCACCCUGCCAAGAAGCAGAUGGCCCUGUGGACAUACGCCACUUGCAGUGGCUGAUGGGAACGCUGAGGUUCCGGUGGCGAGACCUGAUCACCAGUCAGCAGGAGUUGUGUGCCCUUCUGGGCAAGAUCCACUCCUACACUCGGGGCUGCCACAGUGACCGCGGCCUUGGCCACCUGUCUGUUGCUGAGACCGAGCUGCUCAGGGACCCAGAGGGUGGCCGGCAGCUGCUUCAGAGGCUGGAGAGCGAGAACACCCGUCUGGAGGCUGCCCUGCAGUGGCGGCGUCGGGAGCUGGUCUUCUGGCAGUGGAUGGAUACGGUCCUGGGCAGCUGCCCCCUGCAAACCUCACCGGCCACGUUUCUGCCCAGGGACCCCGCGUCGGGACCUGGCGAGUUGGAGCUGGUGGCCCGGGAGCUACGGGGCCUGCAUGGGGAGUUGCAGGGGGCUGUGGAGCCCCGACGGGCGGCCUGGGAGGCCAAGGCUGGAGGCUGGGGGCCGGAGUGGAGCGCUGCGCAGCAGGCCACACAGGAGGCUGUGGGACGGGACCUGGCAGCUCUGCAGCGGGCCUGGGAGCAAGGUGGGGCCCCGGCGCAGCCCCACAGGCCCUGCAGGCUGGUGAAGAGGGACGCCAGAGCCGUCGAGGGCCCAGGCCUGCGGGCUGCCGAGCUGACUGGGGCGCUGAGGAUCCGGGAAAGCCGUCUGGAGACUGCGCUGGGCCAGCUGCAGACACGGUGUCGGCAGGAGCUGGCCAGACUGGCGGGAGCGGAGCCCGGCCUCAUCUGGAUCCUGCCGCCUGGUCGCUGAGGGCACGGGGGCGUGUCCUGCUGGAGGGGCCCGGCCCUGACGCCCUGAGGAGCCGGUUUCUGGGUGGCCCCAGGGAUGCUGCAGACACGACCCCCUGGGCUGCUUGCCCUGAGCUCUGGCCCAUCCCUGCUUUGGGACAUAGUGGAGGCAGACAGGACAGGUGUCUGUGGGCGUUCAGGAUCAAGAGAGUAUGCAGAAAUAAGCUGUAGAGGCCUCCCUGCAGGGGUGAGGCCCUGUCCUGGUCCCCCCUCAGCCAGCCCUCCAGGUUCCUGUUGGGGAGGGUCAGGUCUGUGCUCAGGCCCAGGAAACGGGACCCUGGGUAGUGAGGCCCAAAGGAGGGCUAGUCCUGGGCUGCCCUGGAGCUGGAGGGUCAGGCACGGCCUGAAGCACGGACUGGGCCUCAGGGUCCUGGAGGAGCGGACAGCCCUGGACGUCCCAUCCACACUGCGUCCCACCUUGUGCCCGGGCCUGGUGUGUGUGCGUGUGUGUUGGGCAGGGAUGCUGGCCGGGAGCCUGGGGGUGGGGGAUGCUGUUCCUUUCCUGGGGGCGGUGCUGGGGGUGAGGGGGAGGCCACUGUGGACAGAGGGGGCUUUGUUCGUGGGACUGUUCGGGGAGCUGGGCUCGGCCCUGACAAAGAGCCAUCUGUCUGGGUGAUGUGCCCCCAGCUCGCCGGAACAGGCCCCCUCCAUCCCAGGGGCUCAGCCUUUCGGCGCCCCUCACCCAGCAGGCACAGACGACCUCGUCCUGCCUCUCUCAGCCGGGACAGCUGAACCCCAGCCCGCUGCUAGGCAGGUGCGGUGCCUCCUGCUGCUGCUGCCGGGUCGGGCCCGAGGACGCUCUCACAGUCCGGGUCCCCACGGGACGUUCGCUCGUUGGCUUUGCCUGCUUGGCCGGGCUGUGCUGGACCACCACGCUGGUCUCGGCCCCCCCGACCCGGCCCUCAUCCCUCGGGGGGACACCCGGUGCUCCCUCUGCACUGGUCAGACCAGGCAGACUGGUCAGGAGGGCAUCCCUGACCCUCUCCUCACGGGCCUGGCCCCUGCAGUCUCUGGGCCGGGGUCCUUCCCUCCCACCACAGCCCCCCUGCCAGCCCCUUGUCAGAGUUCCAGCUGUGGUCCAGGGCUCACGGGGCCUCGACCGUCUGCCCGCCGUCCUCUGAGUGUGUGGAGUCCCUUUUGGACUCCCUGCAGCCGACCCCUCUGUCUGCUCUCAGCCGUCCUGACUGCCGGUGGGACCCUCCUCAUCUGGGAAGCAAGCCCACUCAAAGCUCCCUGCCUUCUGGGGACUGCCCUUGAGCCGGGACCCCCGUGGGCCCCCGGGAGCUCGACGUGUAGAAGCCAGAGGCACGCUCAGUUCUACGGGGCUGCCCGUGGUCAGACUGAUCUGUGGAUCCAAUACAAGCCCGCUCAAAACCCCGGUCCUGUCUGUGCGACUUGGCUGUGGAUGCGGGGGCACGUGGGUGGGUCUGGGCCGCAGAGGCCCAGCCUGGGCAGGGGAAGCGAGCGGGAGUGCUCUGCAGGCUCAGUGGCUGGCCGGAGGUGUCUGGAGAACUAGCGCGGCCCGUCCCGUCCUCUGGGGCCGCAGUCUGACACUCCCUGCCUCCCUGCAGGGACAGGACAGGUCCACAGGCCUGAGGCAGCCUCUGGAGCAGACGCAGGCGCAGACCUGCGGAGCUCACUACGCCAGGCGGCCUGGCCGGGCUUGUGGGGGGCAGCGGCGGACAGUGGGGUCCAGUGGGGGGCUGUGGGGUCCAUGAAGGGGGCUGCAAGGCAGUGGGGGGAGUGAGGGCCCACGGGGGGGCAGUGGGACGGCUCUGGGCAGGCAGGUGUCUGUGAGCCCAGGCUCCCUAGGGAGACGGGACAUUCCGUGCAGCUGUAGGGGUGAAGACCCUGCACUCCGUGACCCCCACCGACCUGCUGCUCCGAGGGCCCCAGAGAGACAAGGAGGGCCGCGCCGCAGUAGAACCCUCCGUGACGUCGUGACCUGUGAGGACGUGUGGAGGAGACAGAGGCAGGAGCCCUGGAGAAGAGGGAUCGGGGUCAUAAUGUGUCCGGGCCCGCAGGGUAGACAGAGGCCGGGCGGAGGGCAGGGGGUAGGGGCUUGACCCAACACGGGGAGCAGCCCCCGUCCCGCGGGCCCGCACCGUCGCGCCCUCUCCGUCCCUGGGCAGACACCUGCUUGCGCUUGCCCUUUGCCGCCUUCACCAGAUGGGGCGUCCGGUGGCUGCUCGGUUCCGACGGCGUCUGGGGACGCGCUGCCUCUCCACGGCACGUGCUCGCCCAUUUCCUGCUCUUGGGUUUUUCCUUUACGCCCGCGUCUUCCGACAUCAGAGCCCCCCGCGGGUGUUGUCUGGUUUGCUACGCCGUGCGCCGCUUCCCAACGCCACCUCGGCCCGGAAGCGCCCUCUCCUCCCCGAUGGGGCGCGUCCUCCAAGUCCAGUGCCGUCUGUCCCCCGGCAGGAGACGUGAUGCCUGUCACUGCGGGUGUAGACCGCCUCCGCGGGGCCACGUCUCGUUCUGGCCACGUGGCUAACGCGUCCUCCCCCGGCGGCAGGAGGCAGGAAGGCCGCUCUCCCUCGGCCAGGACGUGCACCCCAGUCUCCUCCAUGAACCGCUCACUGGGUGCUUUCCGUGAAGCUUUGUGACUUGGGAACUUUGCUUCUGCUCUUCAUUUCCUAAGAGCUUUAUGUACAUCAGAUUCCCAAGGCUUCGUCUUCACUGGUGGGGACCGCCGCACGCCGUUCUUCACGCUUCCGCAGGGAGACCCGCCACGUUCACGGCAGCGCUCCUUCCCACGAGGGGCCGUCCCCGCAUUCCUGUAAAAAGCCCUGUUUUAACUUAAAAAAAACAAAACCGACCAACCCACACUUACUGUCCUAGAAAGAGACCGUGUUGCGUGGGGAGGGCAGAGGGAGAAGCCGGCUCCCCGCUGGGCAGGGGCCCGACGUGGGGCUCGGUCCCGGGACCCCGGGGUCACCACCCGAGCCGAGGGCAGACGCUCAGCCCUCUCGGGCCCCGGGGGCCCCAGCUGUGCGCUCGGUGUAACCAUGUUGGAUUAGGGUUCUUCUCUGCAUUUUCUGUUUAUCUUCCGGAACGUUGGUCUCCUCCCUUUCUUGUUUUCAGGUCCACCGCUCGGUAGAUGGGGUUUUCUGCUGGGCUUCACACAUCACACACCGUCUGUUCCCGUGGAAGGUGUCCUGAACUAAAGCUGUUCUCAUGUUUAUUCACAGACGGCUUUCAAAAAAAGAUGUGAUUUUCAAGCAGCGUCCGCGUGCAGUGCGGGGCCGGAGCGCGGGGCCCCCAGACGCGUGCGGCUCCAGGACCCGGCCGCUCCCACCGCGGCGGACGGCUUCUUCACGCUCACCUGUACUUCUACCGUUUUCAACAAAAUAAAAGCUUCAGCAUGU